AUGGGUGAUAAUAGCGGUGAAUUUCCUUGUUGUGUUGGUUUUGGCCGUAUUCUUCGAUCCUGUAUUUGUGCUUGUAAUAUUGUUUUUAUUUAUAUUCCUUGUACUGUGCCUUGUAAAUGUAUUGGUGGCGAGGAUUGUGGUCCUCCUUGUUGUGCUAAUGAUGGUCCUUGUGAUCCUGAUGGUGAUUGUUGUUGUGGUCCUGUUUUUGCCUAA